AUGAAGGUUUGGCAUUCAAUUGCUUUUGCCAGUCUAAUCGCCGUUGGACGGACAACCCUGGUAAAUGGGCCACAGUCUUACCUGGCAAACAACGACGAUAAUCGAUUCGAAACGUUCAAAAGCCCUAUAAAUCCCUCGCACUCUAUCAGAAUUAGAGAACAAAAUGAUAGUCUCUGCGAUGCAGGCUCCAAGCAGUAUACAGGAUGGUUGGAUUUCCAUGGAAAACACAUGUUUUUCUGGUAUUUCAACAGUCUCAACGAUCCUUUAACGGAUCCUCUCACGUUGUGGCUGACAGGAGGCCCCGGGGUAAGCAGCACGGUUGGGAUGCUACUCGAACUGGGACCAUGCCGUAUCGACAUUGGUGGUCAAGGGACGCAUAGGAAUCCUUAUUCGUGGACACGGAAUUCCUCCAUGAUCUUCGUUGAUCAACCCGUGGGAACAGGGCUGUCAUACACGGACCCUGGAGUAAAAGUUCCGACAACGUCUACGAUAGCGGCUGAGGACAUGUAUAUAUUUCUCCAGAUAUUUUUGACAGAAGUCGUCCCGGAGCGACGACGUGUUCCUUUUCAUAUCGCAGGAGAAAGCUUUGCAGGGCAUUAUAUUCCAACGUUGUCUGCGGAGAUCAUACGACAGAAUAAUCUACAAAGUGAUAGCCCGGCCAUCCCUUUGAGCUCGAUACUGAUAGGAAACGGUUAUGUCUCACCACUCGAUACAACCUACGGCUACUACGAAACUCUCUGCACGACAAAGCCCGGGGUUGCCGAACCCGUCUUUAACCAUACUCGAUGCCAAAUAAUAGCCGACACUCUACCGCGCUGUCUCUAUGUAUACGAGGCCUGUUAUCGGUAUCCCGAUAAAUUCCUGUGCAAAGCCACCGACCAGGUUUGUGGAACCAUUAAAGAGCUCUUUUAUAAUGAGUCGCAUGCGGGCGGAAGAGACCCCUUUGACAUUACUCGGACCUGUGAGGUAGAGCAUCUCUGUUAUGCAGCGACUCUUGACAUUCAGAGAUACAUCAACAAACCGACUACCUGGCAAGCACUACAAGUACCACAAGAGAUCGGUGACUUCUCCAUCGAAUCGAUGCGAGUAGCAUCCGCAUUUGCAGCAGGCAAUGAUCUUUACUCGCCCGUUAUGGACGAAAUACAAUUUACUCUAGAUAACGGUGUCGACGUGUUGAUCUACAACGGAAAUCUAGACCUGGCAUGCAACACAGCCGGAAACCUUCGCUGGGCCAAUUCUCUCCGUUGGAAUGGUCAGGCUGAAUUUGCUUCCCAAGACCUGAAGCCGUGGUGCUCGGUUACCAACGGGGGAAUGAGAAAGGUGGGAAGCUACAAGGAAGUUUUUACGCGAACUGGAAGCACAGAACGGCGAUUUGCAUUGGUUACGGUCGAUCGGUCUGGACACAUGGUUCCAUUGGAUCAACCCGAGGUGGCUCUCGAUCUCUAUACGAAAUGGCUAUUCGAGGAACCAUUCUGA